GUUCCCUGUUCAAUCAGUGCUCCAACUGGCUCCAGUGCCCUCCAACUACAGCACGCACUGGUACGCACUGUUUAGCCAGCAGCCAUUGGCAGACGCGCUCGUGCAGUGCCAUGGCACUCUCGCGCUCCGUGUUCGAUUUCAGUGAUUUUCACUUGCUGUUCCAUUUCCUCGUCUCCGCUAGCGUCUGAGAGCGUCGUCGGGCAGCGUUUGUGGCGUGCCAAGUAUUAAUUCGAUGUGCAAGUUGCCGUGACAUUUUUCACAGCGAAUUAUUUUGUUGACGCCCACGGCGAACACCUCGACUGCAUAGCGUGUUUUGACUUCACUCCAAUUUGACAGCCGACUCGAGUGAUAAGCACGGUAGGGAACACAACAACCAUGGAUCCAAUGUGGUCUCAACAUCUGGAGGCCAUCUGGCAUUCUGGAAGGAGCAAAAAAACGGAACCUCUUGUGAAAGUCUUGCAAACAUACUUUGGCAAAUCAUCCAAUUGCUUUGAAUGUGCAUUUUUGCUGAUGCGUGGAGCAUCAGAUUUCCACAAAAAUCGACCGACUGCUCUAAGCUACACAAUCAUGACUGUGUUUCAGGAGUGGCUUCUUGACCACUCAGAGCUGUAUCCUAUCCUGCUGACAAAAGAGCUGAAGCGGCGUGCUCUGAUGGCAGUACUGAAACAAACAAACACAUCUCUAAUUGACCUUGUGUGCCGUGUGUACAAGUUGAAGGACGAGUCUAUGGAGUACAUGGACAUUGUACAGGAUCUGCUGAUCAGAAAGCAUUUUAAUGAGGCAAGCACUAUUGUUAGUGCUCUGAAGCUGCAUGACUACUUCACCAUUGAAGAGAUAGCCAUUCCUCUCUUUCUCAUGGACAAAAUGGCACUGUUUGAGAACUACAUGGAAGGACAGCCAGAGCUUCAGAAGGACGUGGUGAUAUACCUAGAUGCCUUGUUCAAUGAUGGGAAUCGUGCUGAGGGUGUGGUAAACACCCUCAAUGUGAAGAUGAUUAGCAGGGAUAAGAUCCACCCUAAGACAUUAGCCAAAGUCAUAUCAAAGCUGCUCAAGCUGUACAAUCUGCCUGUUGAACUUUGUCCUCAUGUUCAUUAUAGCAGAAGCAAGAGUGCACUGAAGUACCUGAUAUAUAAGCGGUACCAUGAGGGGGACUUCUCAGAAGCAAGUUGGCGGGAGAUGAUUUGCGAGGCUGUUGGUAGUAACCCCACAUUGCAGCAGGAUCUCUUGAAUGAACUGAUGUGGGUGAAGGACUAUGAGAAUGCUCUCAGCUUUGCACUGAAGCUUGGUGUACCUGAUCAUCAUUGGCCACGCUACUUGAGAACAUUCAGGGUUCAAUGUGGACAACAAAAGGUGCAGGAAUUGCUCAAGUCUUGGAACUUGAAUUGUGAUAAUUACGAUCCCAGCAAAUACUUGCCAUUGAGAAUUGAUCUUUGUGAUGUGCACAUGGUGGACACUGCCGAUGCCCUUGACAAUUGCAUUGAGGUUAUCAAGGACUAUGAUGUUGUUGGCAUUGAUGCAGAGUGGAAGCCUACCAUGGGACUGACACCUUCGAGGCUGUCCUUGGUCCAGCUGGCAGUGUGGGACAAUGUGUAUGUCUUGGAUAUGCUGAAGUUGUCUGAGACGCUGACAGAGGCACAGUGGGCCCAGCUGUACACAGGCGUGUUGUCAUCGAAUGAAAUACUGAAGCUAGGUUUUGGCAUUGCUGAAGAUCUGAAGUUGCUGUCUGAGACCAUCAAGUGCCCAGAAUCAAAGGUUCACAAUGUUGUGGACUUGUGCAGCUUUGUGGAAAAGUUGCGAUGUGAUUAUCCCAACUUGAUGAAACCUGUGGUGCCAAAAGAAAGAGGACACAAGGGUUUGUCAGAACUGACCCGUAUACUUUUGGGCCUUCCGCUGAACAAGGAUGAACAAUGCUCCGAUUGGGAAAACAGGCCACUGAGACAGUCUCAGAUGAAAUAUGCUGCACUGGAUGCCUUCUGCUUGCUUCAAGUCUACGAGGAGCUUUACAAGAGGGCUGAUGCUGAAAAAUUGAACUUGCGAGAUCUUAUCGAGGAGGCAAAAGAUGGCAAGGGAGGAACUCAGCUGCGCCAAGACAGGUCACGGAAGUACAAAUCUCAGUUACCCACGCUGGGAACACUGCUGCCUCCUUGUCUCCAGCAGGUGGGCGAGGAAAUGACGUGUGCCGACGAGUGCUCCUUCGUGCGCUCUGACCAGCCGCUGCCCGUGGCUGAGUUUCGGGUCAUCGCGGACACUAUGGUGCAGGGUCUGGGUCGGUAUCUGCGGCUCUGCGGCAUCGAUACCAUCAUCCUCCGAGAUUGCGACGACCGCGACCAAGCCGUCAAGCUCGCGCAGAAGGAAAACCGGGUGAUCCUCACGUGUGGUGCUCCGUAUAAAAAGAUGAAGCAGUACGUCGCACGUGAACAGUGCUUUUGCGUGAACAAUGUGGCUUCCGCUCGAGAACAGCUGAAGGACGUGCUAAAAUUCUACAACGUGGUGGUUAGAGAAAAGGACAUCUUGACUAGAUGCACGGAGUGCAACGCGUCCCACUACGCGCUCAUGCCGUCCGCAGACAUGUGGCAGCUCCAGGCGUCCCUGAGAGAUGACGGCCAGGCGGCGGCCGGCGGAGAGCCCCUGGUUCGCUACUACGGACCCGACUGCUCGAUUGAUUUCACCUCCGGCCGCUUCAACAACGGCAAGUUGGUCCAGUGCGACGGUCUCGUAUUUGAGUAUCUCUCCCACGUGGAGACGUUCUACGUGUGUGUGGCCUGCGGCAAGGUCUACUGGGAUGGCUCGCACCACGGCCGAUUCAGGAAGCAGUUGUGGCUAGCCGACCUCAUCUCCGAUGAGCCACCGCCGGGCUCCCAGGGCUGCGCUGAUCGCGUCGCAACGACGGAGACGGGCUGUUGUCACCAGAGCGACGGAACUUCCUGCUGAGGCCAGACAGCGUGCGAUGGACAGUCGUUCGUGCUACGUACUGCUGCUGCGUCGUAGUCACCUGCGAGGUCACCUUCGACGUAGUCACGUUGCGCACUUUUUUGUUGGGAUUUGUGGUAACGUCUUGCUAAGUGCUUCCGUCAGCACGAAAGUCUCGAAAGGGGGAGGAGGGAAACAAGAAGAAAAAUUUGGAAUCAGCGCAUCUCAUUCGGCCGACAACCUAAUCCUUGUACACAGCAUUCAUUGGGAAACCGACUAAGAAAUUUUAGUAUACUUCCCAAAAAGGUCUGACUGUGAGCGCCUUUCUUUCUUUGUUGGUGUUUUUUCCUUUUCAGCUUUUAUUUGGGUUAGUCGCCUGCCAUUUUUCUCUCCUAAAGCCAACAUACCCUGCGGAAAGGAGAGAAAACGAUAGCAGAGACAGCGCGCUCCAGUAAAUGUGUUUAAACGUUGCCUCGAUGAGAGAGAGAGGCCCAAGAAGUCUUGCCAUGUUGUGCGACGAGAGUAUAGUCUCACUGUGGAUAUGAGCCACGUGGCUUCCUUUGUGUUGCAUAUGCAAAAGAGUGAUGGAUGAGCUGUUCAAUAAAAUUCUGGCGGGAGACCGUCGUUUCGUUUCCCA